AGCACCUCGACGACCCCCUCUCCCGGUCCAUCAACUAGCAGCAGUGGAGGGGCAGACAGCGCCACUAGCGACUCUCAAUCGGGCUCCAGUAGUAACUCGUCCACUUCUUCCGGCAGGUUGAGCGCCGGAGCACUGGUCGGCAUCAUCGUAGCAGCUGUGGUGCUCGUGCUCGUGCUGCUCGCGGUCUUCCUUGGGCGGCGACUUCGACGCAGAGACCGAGGACGACGACGAUCUACCUCGGAGGGCUUGGAGCCGCCGGUCCGAGGGAAGCAAGUGCGGCUUCUGAACGACGAUCGCUCUCCUGAAGAACACGAAGACAACACCAGAUUCACGUCAAAGACGCACUCGAGCGGAGCCUCAAUGCCCGACGGGAAGAUAAACCUCUGGGAAGACCCCGUCAUUGUAGCCGCGAGGGUCUCCGUCGACCGAGUACAGCUCGGAGCUAUGAUCGGCCGGGGCGGCUUCGGAGAGGUCUACAGAGGACGCUACCGAGACCAGGACGUGGCCGUUAAAACCUUGCUGCCGGACAAACGCAAGGACCUCGUGCAGAUCCAAGCCUUCCUCUCCGAGAUCCGACUCAUGGCAACGAUGGAGCACCCCUGCAUCGUGCAGUUCGUGGGCGUCGCGUGGGAAUCGCUCGGUGAUCUGUGCUGCGUGACCGAGUUCAUGGCCGGAGGCGACCUGCGGUCACUGUUGAACGACUACCGUGCGAACGGAGACCCGGAGGGAAUGGACGCCGGCAAGGUGGAGAUCGCGUACCGAGUGGCGUACGCGCUCGCGUACCUGCACUCGCUGGAGCCUGCGGUGCUGCACCGCGACCUCAAGUCGCGCAACAUCUUGCUCACGGAGUCGCUGGACGCCAAGAUCACGGACUUUGGGACAUCGCGCACUCGGUCGAAUGAGACGAUGACUGCAGGGGUGGGCAGCUGGAUGUGGAUGGCGCCCGAGGUGAUGGUCGGAGGUCGCUACGAUGAGAAAGCCGACGUGUUCUCGUUCGGCGUGGUGCUGUCGGAGCUGGACACUCACGAGCUGCCGUACUCGCACGCGAAAGAAGGCGGUUCGUCCGAGGCCGCGAUGAUGCAGAUGAUGUCGAUGGGCAAACUGCGGGUUCGCUUCUCGCGGUUCACGGACCCGGACAUGGUUCUCUUCGCUGAAAGCUGCGUGAGUGUGGACCCACACGAGCGACCGACGGCCGCUGAGGUGCUCUACUACUUUCAAAAAGCUAUGAAACAACAGCACUGAGGCACUGCAUGUACAGAGCUAUUCUCCUGAGUCAGCUACCCCAUUGUAAACUUCGUUUUCUAUCACUGUGUUAUAGAGUUGAGCUCGACAGCAGCCCAUAAGGCUUGAAAAGCUCUUUGGAGGCUAACAGUUUGCUCGUUUUUCUCAGUUAUGCCCUUUGUGUAAUCCAUUCGAACUGAAAUGAAAAGUCGAUACCUGGGAUAACCUG